AUCAUCAAACAAUCGAUUCAUCUUUGAAAUGUAAUAAGUGCGAAAAAAGUUCAUCACAAGAUCAAUCAUAGAAUAUCUAAUUACUGCACGCUAACCAUAAUCAAUUUGUGUGCACCUAAUCGAUUAAUUUCCUUGAACAGUAGGUGCUCAUGCUGGCUUAGUGUCGCCAUGCGAACUGCCCUCCUGCUCUUUGCUUUGGCCCUCGGGCAAGGGUGGAUCAAAUGCAACCUCUUCGAUCCUAAGAACGGCAUGAACACACACGACAGUAUUCUAAGAAGACAUAGCAAAUUAUCAUUUGUAAAAAAUACAGAUAGCAGCCGUAAAAGGGAAUUACAAAAUAAAGAAAAGCAGCUUAUUGCCUUUUUUAAACAUGCCUUACACCAAGAACAUAUAAUGUCAGAACCAAAAAUGAAAAAAACUAAAUUAAGAUUCAGUUUAGCUGGAUUUGCGAAAGGAAUUCAGUUUGUAGCCGACGUGGUCACUAUUGUAUCGUCGGACUUCUGGAAGUGGAUACGUACUGUCAAAUAAGGAGUAUAAUCAGAAAUCGCGACAAAUAUAAUAUUAAAGAAAAAAUGGAUGGGCAAAGAAAAUCUUAGUUUAUUUAAAAAUAAUAUAUUUUUAAUAAACGAAUUGUAAUAAAUUUGAUCCUUGUUUUA